AUGGGGAUUUGUACAGCUAUUGAGCGAACCAUGAACCGGUACUGGUGGUGGGGAUCUGGGAAUGAACGUGGAACCCAUUGGAAGGCUUGGGACAAAUUAUGUAUACCAAAAAAGUAUGGUGGUCUGGGUUUCAAAGAACUGCAUGCUUUUAAUAUAGCAAUGCUGGGUAAACAGGCAUGGCGAUUACUAACAAAACCUGACUCUUUGGUCUCACGAGUUUACAGAGCCAGAUAUUACCCAAGAGGGACCUUUUAUGAUGCCAAAAUAGGGAAUAAUCUCAGUUUCUGUUGGCGCAGUAUAAUGGCAGCUCAGGGCAUGGUUUGUGGUGGAAUCAGACGCAGAAUUGGAAAUGGAAAAACAACCCUCAUCUGGGAUCAUCCAUGGUUACAGGAUGAACAAGACCCAAUGAUUCAUACAAAUAAGCCCCCAUAUUUAAAUAAUGCAGCAGGGAUUAAUUGA